AUGAAGAAAAUAUCAGAGAAAGAGAAGGCGAUCAUUGAGGAAUUGUUCCGAAAAUAUGAUCUUGAUAAUGACGACAAGAUGGAUUUAAAUGAACUGGAUCGUUUGCUGUCCGAUAUGGGAUUCAAUUUUUCAAAGGAAGAAACUGAAGCAAUUCAUUUGUUCUUGGAUAAAGACGGCAGCAAUGCAUUGUGUUUCAAAGAGUUUUAUGAAUGUUGGGAAGCAUUGGCGAGCAAAAAUGGAAUAUUAAGGCCAGAAAAACUGACACUCCUUGUCAGUGCAGCUAAAAUGUUCAAAUCUUUCGAUCAUGACAACGAUUCUAGCCUGUCAGCAGACGAAUUCAAACAUUUUUACGACAUUUUAAGUACCAAAUACAAUGAUUUGGAUUCUUUUGAGGUCACUCUCAAAUCACUCGACAAGGAUGGAAGUCAAACUGUUCGUUUCCAUGAUUUCGUCAUGGUGCUGAACUGGUUCACAGUCUAA